GCCCAGUCGUGCGAGGUGAAGGGGGCUCAGUGCUGGUUGUUCGUCCUCAGUGCAGGGCAAUAGGCCCGUGUCCAUGGAUGGGGACGUUGGGGGCCGCGGUGCAGCGUGCCCCGCCUGAGCUGCAGGAGGACGUGGCCACCUGCUCAGACACUGAGGAGGCCCCACCCCGCCUGCAGCUGCCUGCGGGCUCAUUCCCCUAUGAGCAGUUCUUUGCAGAGCGGCUGGCGGCAAAGCGCCAGGAUCACUCAUACCGUGUCUUCCGCACUGUCACGCGCCAUGUGGACACACCUCCCCUGGCCCGCACUGACCAUGGCACCGACGUGGCCAUCUGGUGCAGCAACGACUACCUGGGCCUAAGCCGCCACCCGCAAGUGCUGCACGCUGCCACGGAGGCCCUCCAGGCUCAUGGCCUUGGGGCCGGGGGGACACGGAACAUCUCAGGCACCAGCUGGUUCCAUGUGGCACUGGAGCUGGCACUGGCCAAGCUUCACCGCACUGAUGCUGCCCUGGUCUUCUCCUCCUGCUUCGUGGCCAACGACGCCACCCUUAGCACCCUGGCCAGCUUGCUGCCAGGCUGUGAGGUAUUCUCGGACGCGGGGAAUCAUGCAUCCAUGAUCCAGGGCAUCAGACGCAGCGGGGCACCACGCCACAUCUUCCGCCACAAUGACCCAGUGCACCUGGACGAGCUGCUGCGGCACACAGAGCCCAGCACCCCCAAGAUUGUGGCCUUCGAGACUGUGCACUCCAUGGAUGGCUCAAUCUGCCCUCUGGGGGAGCUGCUGGAGGUGGCACGGGCACAUGGGGCACUGACGUUUGCAGACGAGGUCCAUGCCGUGGGGCUCUAUGGGUCACGGGGUGGCGGCAUCGCUGAGCGUGAUGGUCUCCAGCACCAGCUCGACAUUGUCUCUGGCACCCUCGGCAAGGCGGUGGGUGCAGUGGGAGGGUACAUCGCAGGGCCACAAAUGUUGGUGGAUGCAGUGCGCAGCCUGGCACCAGGGCUGAUCUUUACCACAGCGCUGCCCCCUGCAGUGCUGGCUGGGGCACUGGCAGCGCUGGCCGUGCUGGCAGGGACUGAGGGCAGGGCGCUGCGCCGUGCCCACCAGCGCCACGCUGCCAUGCUGCGCCGCUGCCUGCGUGAUGCCCGCCUGCCUGCCCUGCCCAGCCAAAGCCACAUUGUGCCUCUGCGUGUGGGGGAGGCAGCGGCCUGCACCCGGGUGAGCGAGCGGCUCCUGACCCAUGAUGGCAUCUACAUUCAGGCCAUCAACUACCCCACGGUGCCGCGCGGCCAUGAGCUGCUGCGCCUGGCACCCACCCCACAUCACACCCCACCCAUGAUUGAGCACUUAGUUGAGUGCUUGUCCCGGGCGUGGGAGGCAGAAGGGCUGCCACUGAUGCCUCCAGGAGACCCGACCUGUGGCUUCUGCCAGCGCCCUCUGCAUCUGGAGCUGCUCAGUCAGUGGGAGCGCGACUGCUUUGGGACCCUGUCUGUGCCCCUUUGCGCCUGAUGGAUGGAUGGAUGCAUGGACCCACCCUCCAUCCAGGACAGGGGACCCAUGGGACAGCAAUAAACAUGUGGCACCCUG